GUACAUGAUUUUUGCAUUAUUCGAAAAUGCAAGAUGUCAAUUACAUGAUAAUGUCAAUGGCUUAUUUUAUAUUUUCUUUGAUUGGCUUUUAAAAUUAAUUUCUUAACUAUAAGUGUAGUUCCAUGUAGAGGGUGGUUUCAUUUUGGUCUCUGCGGUCAGCAGUCGAAAUUAUUGUGAGAAAAUCUAUUAGUAGAUUUUGUUUAACCGCCAUCAGAAUCAAACUCAUAAUUAAACAUGGCUAUAACUUCAUUCGAUAUUUCGUGUAAUAUAAAUAAAGUACCCAUUGAAUCGACUUGUUCAGCACUUAGUUCCAAAGGAGGCAAUGCAUGCCAAUUAUUAAAAAUUAACAUAGCGACGGACAGAAGCUUGUCAAGCAAUGCCAGUAGGCGUACCAAUAAAUCUAAAAAGAACAUCUCCCGGUCUCCGUAUCUGGCAAACGACGGAUUUCAGUUACUUUCAAGAGUUACAGAAAAACGAAUGGUUCAUAAAAAAACAACUGAUAUUGUUUCGUCUUUUCCGUUGGCAGUAAAUAUUUACAAAGCGAAUUCUGAUGAAUUCAAAUUACCAAAAAAAGUUAAAAAGGUUAAAAAAUCAGUGCUAACUCUUCCAAAUGAUCCGGCUCCAAUGCCACAAGUAUGCACAGUAAGCGAUAUGAACGAUUCGGAAUAUUGCGAAAAGAUUAGCCAAGAUCGCAAACAAAAAGUUAUUAAAAAGCGUAAUCCAAUUCAAAAUAAUAGGAAGACUCGAAUGCGACAAAAAGAUCAUGAAUUUUACGAUAGAGACGCACGAUUUUGUUCACAACUAAAUAUAGCUAUAGAUUGUAGCUCGACAGACAUGAUGAAAAAUUUUAAUGGAGACGGUGGUAAAGUGUUUGCCAAGAAAAAAUCAACAUUUUGUAAACCUCAAUCAGGUAUGUCCGGCAACCUAAAUGAUGUUUGGACCGUGCUAAGAAAUAUAAACAAGUUUCAGUUUAGGCCAUCACCUCCAGCGUCAGAUGGAAGCAGUAUACCAGUCCUAAAAAAAAGAAAAUCAUAUAAAAGGAGACUGAACCGUAAAGACGCACGAGUGAUUGAGACUUGUCGUACCGAAAAGUUUGCAUACAUAUCCAGUUACGAAUUGGAUGAUAAAUCUCCCCGUACUUUCUCACCAUCCUCUAGUGCAGACCGAAUCACGGUUAUUGAAAAACAAAAUGAGUUUGACAAAAUAUGCAAAGAGUUUGAAAAACAGCUUAUUACUCACGAUUUCCUUAAAGACAGUAAUAAUGUCGGUAAUACAAAAAUUAAAAGUGCGAAAGCUAAAAGGAGGUGUAGAAGCCCCCAAAGAAAUAUAAAAGCUGUACCUAAUGUUGGACCAAAAGAACAUAAACCUACUUUGAAAAAAAAGAAGAAAAAAACGAAGCGUCCUGUCGACCAGCGAAGUAAAACUCCACGAACUCAAAGCAGCGGAAAUAGAGAUUCUCUAUUGGAUGCUAAAACAUUAAAAUUUAAUUAUAAUUCUGAUGUAUCGUCGCAUAAACCUGACAGAAAUGAUAAUACGAGUCCAACUAAAGGAAGUUUCGUUUACUCAGAUUAUUCGGGAUCGAGCAAAGCUGAACAACCUCAAAAACAUGAUGAGCCAGAGAGUAUCAGUGAGAAAUUAACAGUAAAUUCUAGUUUGCCAGUAAAUAACUCAUCUCCAGUAGGUGUGACCAAAGAGCAAUUGUUGCCUGCUAGUUCAAUCUUACCUAAACAAUUUGAUCCUCCUAAAAGGAAACCACGUUUGGUUACUACAAUGCCGAGUUCGUGUAUAAUGCCAAAAUUAACACAGACUGAAAUAAAAAGGAGACUGGCGAAUAUCAGGUUUCCAAUCGUCGUCUUAGGAAAAGAUCAAGUUAGUUCAAAUAUACAAGUAAUGGAUUACGAUCCCCCACAAUUCAGUGGCUUAGAAGACCACAUAUGGCCAUUUAUGAAGGAUUGGUCUCCGAAUACCACGAAAAAUGCCACACAUCACAAUAACAAUAUAAACAAAAAAAGUGUUUCUUUUGUAUCGGAUACGAAUUCAAGUAAGUCGCGCAAAACUAUUACAGAAAUAACCAUAAUCAAACAAUCACCGAUAAUAAAUAUGAAGAAAACAGAAACUACGGAAACAGCUCCUACAAGUAAAAAGAACGUUAAACAUCCACCUUCUACUGAUAUUGCUGACAAGUUAUUGCAAUGUUCUAAGAAGCAAAAAUCGAUUGUACAAUUGAAGGACAAAAUGUUGAAUUUUUUAUAUAAAAAGACUUCGAAUCGCAACCUUACUUCAAGCACUGAUCAAACUGUUGAAAGCAAACCCAAAUGUCCAGUCGUCACCGAAAAUAAAUUGGUUGCCACUGAAAAUGAACAGAGGCCUACAAGUCCCACGGUACUUAAUGAAGCGUCUAAGAGAAAACCUUAUUCCAAUUCGUUCCAAAAAAACAAGAAAUCCCAAAAUUAUGCUUAUCCUUGGGCCAAAGCGAAAUGGGCGAGUGAUUUCAUAGAAAAUGUUAUAAGGAAAAUACGAAACGGAGUUUAUUACAACCAAGAACAUAAAGAUUUUGGUCAGAUAUUUCCAAUUGAUUUCAAAGAAGUCUCCGUACAAACUGGAUCGUCGUGCGAUUCUGUUGAUUCUACAAAGACUUAUAGAAGUGACUUAUCAAGUUCAGAUCUUACAUAUGAUCUGAUAGAACACCCUGAUAUACCAGGGUUUAAUCAUACACUACCCGCACUUGAAAUAAAAACACUAAACACGAACCAAAUUGCAGUGAAACACUGUGUGACGAACGUUAUGGUACAGUUUGACGUAACAGUCCCAGCUAAGGAUACCAAAAGUGUCACCAGUAUCACUAAAGCUAUAUCUUUAAUCCCAUUAGAAGUGACUGAUAGUCAUACGAAGGUAUACAAAUGCAAAACAACAAUUUUCAAUGGUAUGUUACCUGCGGAGAUAUGCAGCAUUCUACCGAAAAUGAUGAACAAUAUCAUUAAUUCAACAAGUAAAACUAUAAGCUCAGAUAGCUCUUUCACAAUAUGUCCAACAAAAACAGAGUCCUGCUUAUCCACAAUAUCGGAACAAGCUCGCUAUGAGAAUGCUGAAUACUUGAAUGCCAAAAUAUUGAAGACUCCCUCAAUAUCGAAAUUGAGAAGGAGUUUUAAGGGAAGUUUUUCAAAUAAAGUCCUGAUUAAACCAGUACAUAAGAAACACGUUUUUCAAAUAGAUUACGACAGUUGUUUUGCGACAGAUUUAUUACCUCAGGUUUCGUUGGAUGAUUUACUGCAGUAUGAAGUGGGUCCAUUAGCUGUUGAACUGGACGGUUUUAGAUAUGAGCAAUUGCAACAAAAUAUGCAACCAUCAAAUGAACCAGUAACUGAAGUAGUACAACCUACUUGCACUACUUUGGCAAUGUACACGAGUAGCACUAACAGAAUGACUGCGGCUUUCUCAUCUUGUGAUCUUAUGGCUUUGAUGAAAAGUUUAUGGUAUAAUUACAACUUACAAAUACAUUUCAAUUUAAGCUCUUAUUUCGAAAUGCUUGAACUGCAAUAUGAUGGUCAAAAUAUUAAAUUAAAUGUGUCGCUUACAAAAGAUAAUGCUGUACAACAAAAUGUUGCAGUAACUGUAAGCAACGUGAAAAUUGAUUCGUUGUUCGAAGCAUUGCCAAAAGGCAAUGCCAACAAGAGAGUACGGGACAAAGCUCCUUUGAAAUGUAUAGAAUACGUAAAUGCAGCGCUAGCAAACAGAACAAAGAGCACAGAGGCAAGCCAAGUUACAAUUACCAAGGUUAAAAGGAAAGGAUUAUAUAAACUUUAUAGAAAAUGUAAAUCAACCACUAAUUUACCGAUAUUAGGAGACAAAAAUCUUCACACACCAUUAAGUAGAAUCACAACUAUGGAUGAAUUUUUUCAAGUUCUUGGAUCCAAAAAAUUGCUUUCUAGUGUCUUUGAUGGGUAUUCUUCUGAGAAAAUUUUGUCCUCGAUAAUAGAGAUGAAGAAUUGGAUUACUGAAAUAAAUGCGAAGCAGGCUUUACUGAUAUUGUUACUGACAAAUAAGAAAGAUACGCAGAAUUUAGUGCGAUUCAGGCCAAUAAUUCUGCAGGGUAUCGCAGUUAACAGGAUCACACGAGCUACUGAGUUAGACAUGGAGAUUGAAGUCAUUGAGAGAGAAAAUUUAAAUAAAUUAUCGCAGUUCGAAGGAAUAUCAUACUUGCCGGCUUCUGUCACGAAUUACGACAAUCUUUUAGAAGAGUUGUACUGGAUAGCUAAGACUACUGCUUCAGAUUAUAAAAAACCUUUUGAUGAAUCAUCAGAAAGGCUUCUAAAGUCUUUACUAGAGAAACGCAAGAAGUUAAAUCCAUCGUAUCUCCGAGUAAUGGCACGCUAUGUGGGUCUCGGACUACUAAAACCGCAGGCAAAAUGUUGAAAAUUUUAAUUAGUGAUGUUUUUAAAUUAUUUAAUUGACACAAAUUAUGGAAGUAUGUUGCUAGUCAGAAAUUGACGAGUGGUUUAUAAAGAAAUAUUUAUUUUAUAUAUCUAUUUAUGGUAAUAAAUUAUUUUAUAAAGUUAAA